AUGCCUCCCCAGAGGCGCGGAGCUCCCAGCUCCUCCUCGGCAGGUCCCAAGCGUGCGCGCCCCUCCAAACUCGCCAAAGAGAACAAUAUCAGUGCCGAAGAAGAGAACGAAAUAAAGGAGGUAUUCCAUCUGUUCGCUGAUAAGCACAAGGACUUCCCUGCAGAGAAAGAGGGUGUCAUCCCACGAGAAGAUGUACGCAAAGCACUAGUAGCCCUUGGCCUUCCCCCAGAAGACUCAACCGAACUAUCCGAGAUUCUCUCCGCCCUCGACCCUACCAGCGCAGGCUACAUCCCCUAUAGCCCGUUUGUCUCCGUUGCAGCCGCCAAAUUGCGGUCGCGCGAUGAUGAUGCCAUGGCGGAGGAGGUAGAUCAUGCGUAUCAGCUUUUCACGCGCGGGACAAACGGGCCGAUAUCGUUGAAAGACCUACGGCGCAUUGCGCGCGAGCUGAAGGAGGACUCGGUAGAUGAUGAUCUGCUUAAGGAUAUGAUCGCUGAGGCUAAUGGGGGCGCGGGCUUGAGUGCGGGUGUUACACUAGAGCAGUUCCAUGAUGUCAUGAUGCGCGCGGGGGUUUUCUAG